AUGACUUCCUGUCUAGUUUGAGAUGCAGAAUUUCUUCGAUUGUCAAACAUAGCAGCAGAACAGUUAACUGAAAACAGGCGAUGUGAUGAAAAAUACAACGCUGUUAAAAGAUAAUCGAAUGCUUCAUGCUUACAAAAAUGGGACGAACGUGUAUUUUGAAUCGUUAGCAUACUUGAGCUAAUAACCCUUGCUACCCUGGCUUUUGGAAACCUCUGGUCGCUAGAAGCUAGCCACCCUGCACUAGCUAGCUAGCUUUCUCGAAAGCUAAUUUGAAGUGCAGUUAACGCUUUAAAAGUGAUUUUGUAUAAUAACCUUAUGAAUUCCAUUUCGGCUGAGGUGGUGGAGCUUAUCGUUUCAGAAGAGAGUUAUCACGAAGCUGCUAAUUUCUUGCAGCGAUGGAGGAGGUUGACAGAAUUUUGAUUCAUUCGCUCAGACAGGUUGGCACGGAUGUCGGCGAAGAUGUGGAGAGUGUGAAGCAGUUUACCAGCGAACUGAUCGUCGAGGCUGUGGUGCGAUGCCUCCGUGUUAUCGACCCUGCGCUGGGCAGCGGCCUGUCCCAUCUGCUGCCCCCAGGGAUGUCUGCCCGCUUUCGCCUGGGCAUGAGUCUAGCACAGGCCUGUCAGGACCUGGGCUAUAAGGGGGAGAUUGGCUACCAGACGUUUCUCUACAGCAAUGAACCAGAGAUCAGGUCCUUGCUCAUGUUUCUGGUUGAGAGGCUCCCUAGAGAAAGUGCAGAGGCCUCAGAUCAGCCAGCAGGUAAGUCUGUGCUCUUGCAGAAGGCCAUCGCUGAUCAGAUCAAAGCGCAGCUGGCUAUCCCCUGGCUCCCUCCGACCUGUCGAUUGCCUCUCCAGUGCAAAACACAGAGCCGGGGUCCAUGUCACAGGUUUUACUCACAGCCUCUGAGUGUUCCGUAUUCGCUCAGAGUACCCCAGAACAAGCAGCCUAAAGAGGUCAAGGAGUACUACAGGGACUUCUUGCCGGCGGUGACUGCCCAACCUUCCCAGCCAAUCUCAGUGCCUGCCUCCCUGUUGGAGCGCCAUGCCGCCGAACUCAGUGCCGCCCAGGAGUGGGAGCUUGAGUGGAACAGCCAGGGUCUCCUGUCCCGACUGACCCCCGAGGAAUAUCGCUCUCGGAAGAGAACCCGCCUGCAGCGGAGGAUUGAGGAGCAGCUCCGAGUGGCCGCUCAGCCACGGGCCGACUCCCAGGGUGCUCAGCGCUCGACCUCCGACCUCGCCGAGCUGCUGCAGUCGUUUGGCGGCGCGUCGGCGGGAGGAGACGUUCUCACGAAGGGCACGCGCUUCACCCACACAGAGAAAUUCACCUUCACACAGGAGCCUGAGAAGAGUGUCCAGCAGAUGGCAGCAGCGGCCAGCUCCCUGCCCAGCUCGCGCCAGUCGGAGGAGGACCUGCGGGCGCAGCAGCAGGAGGAGAUCGCCGCCCUCCAGCAGCAACUGCACCAGCUCUCCGUACAGAUGGAGGAAGUGGGCGGAGACAUGAGGCAGCUAGCCACGUCCAUCAACCAGGUGACAGAAGAGCUGAAGGAACUCGAGAAGAGCAACUCUGGGAAGGAGGAUUUGGUAAAAGUGAAGAAACAGACGAUCGAUCUCCUGCCAGAUGGUCAGAACAAUCUUGUCAAAUUGCAGAGCCUGGUAGAUGCGAGCGUUAAGAGGCUGGAGAGUCUGAAGGCUCAAUGGGAGAAGCACAAAGCCCCUCUCCUGGAGGAACAGCGCAGGCUGAAUGAGCUCUGCAGCGAUCAAGAGGUGGAAUCUUCUAAAAUGUUGGUUGAAAUCAAAGAGCUUCAUGAAAAAAUCCGUCAAUCUGCCGAAGAGGCAAAGAAGAAGGAAGCACUUUACAAACAGUUGCUAACAGAAUAUGAAAAAUUGCCAAAAGAUGUCUCGAGGUCUGCAUACACUAUGAGAAUUCUGGAGAUUGUUGGCAACAUUAAGAAACAAAAAGAGGAAAUCACUAAGAUUUUGUCUGACACUAAGGAGUUGCAGAAAGAGAUUAACAAUCUGACUGGGAAGCUGGACCGUACGUUUGCCGUGACAGAUGAGUUGGUUUUCAAGGAUGCUAAGAAAGACGAGUCUGUCCGCAAGUCUUACAAAUAUUUGGCAGCCUUACAUGAGAACUGUACACAACUCAUUCAAACAAUUGAGGACACAGGCACCAUCAUGAGAGAGAUCAGAGAUCUGGAGGAACAGAUCGAAACGGAGAACAGCAAAAAGACCAUCACCAACCUGGAGAAGAUCCUGGAGGACUACAAGGCCAUUCGGCAGGAGAACUCCACUCUUGCAGCCAAAAUGAAGGAGGCCUGAUCUCCUUGACCACCCACCACAGUGCCCUUUGAGGAGGCUGCCAAACGGAGCAGGGUGACCGCGGCGACGGCGUGUACCACGGGGGGACACACACACACCGCCACCGGAGGAGGGGAGAGGAGAGGAGAGGAGAGAUGCGAAGAAGCAUUCACUAUCUGCACUUACCAGCCACCCCUCAUCAACCUCAUUGCUUCUCCUGUCCAAGCACAUACUGUGCACACUGUGCUUUUGACCACAGUGUGCGCACAAAGGAGAUUGUUUUUUUUUUCUUUUGAACUGAUAGAACUGUUUUUCUUUUGUUUUUGUUUUUUUAAGGGCACAAACUUGAGGCAAUAUAAUGCUGGCAAUUUGAAUGAGAUGUCCAGUUGGUUCUGAUUUUGGUUGACAGACCUGGCAGAGACUGCUUUUGCAUCAAACGUAAUCAUUUGAUUGAUUGUCUACAUCUCUUAUGAUCGAUUUUUGUUUUGUUCCAUAUUUAUCAAAUCGGCUCAUUAACAGCGAGAAUGGAAGAAUAAACUAAAACAGAUGAUGUUAAACUAAGUCGGCAGACUCAUGAAAAAUUAAUUAUGAUUUUACUUGAAUGAAAGAAAAGAAAUCUUAACAGACGGUUUGAUCGUGGGGACCUUUUGUAGGUAGCUGUUGGAUCUAUAUGUUCUUGACUAAUCAGCGUUUUGAAUGUCAACAUGCAGAACUUCCAGCUGCCAUGCUGCCUGUUGACAGUUCACAAUGCCUUAGACUGGAAAGGUACAAUGUGAAGACUUAUGGUGCAAGUAAUGCUACACAGUCUUUGUACUCUGAACUGGUCAACUGCAAAAUAGACUACAGUGUGAAUGUCUGGGGAAACUUGUUAUUCCUGUUUUGUAAUCUUCAUGUUAAGUGACUCCGUCUGCCUCUGUUCUAUCGAAGAACAGGCUAUAUCAAUGGGAAGAACAUUCAUGUUGAGAAUUGCUGGAGCCUGUGCCAAGAUUCACUUAUUGUAUGCAUUUCCAAAUUGUGAAAAUGGAAGAUAAUUCUAGAAUUCCAACAUUAAUACCAGAAAGCCCCUAAAAAUACACAUUUUACAUCUUACCUCCAUGUGUCCAUCUGAUAAUUAAACUGUAGCCUAAACAACAGCAGGCUCAUUGAAACAUA